AUGAAGGAGAUCACGAAACGCUUGGGUGCUGUCGGUGCCAAUCACCUUCCAGGAUGGGGACCGCGUGAUCCUCACUGUGCCUGGUUGGAGACGCUGAAAGUUAUGACUGCCAACCGAUGUCCAUCCAUCAGGACUGACCAGUCCGCUCCACCUGCACUGUUCGCAACGUCUGCUGUUGCUAUCAAUGAUGAUGAUGAUGAUGAUGAUGAUGAUGAUGAUGAUGAUGAUGAUUUCAUCAUCGAGUGGCGUGAUUUCACCAAUUGGUUAACUCUUGCCAAGGAGAGAAAAUACACACUAGUACCGGAAAAAAAUCAACUUACGGCCGUGGCGAUGAUGGUCCCUAGUCCGCCGGUUGUUGCAGCUGCUACAAUGAUACACACGAAUUGGAACACUCCGGUGAUUGUUAUACACAUGAACUCCUGA